AGCAGAGGCAGCAGAGGCAGCAGAGGCCUGCUGACAGUAACGACUUACUGUAACGACCCCUGUCUGUCUGUUUUGUCGGAAACACCUUCAGUCAGUACAACAACAUCCCCAGCAAAUAGUCUGAUGCCACAGCUGUUUACAUUCAGUCAUCCUUUUUAACCGCUUGAAGAAGGGCUGGUGGUGGCGGAAUAGGCUGUGUUGACCUUCAUGCUGAAAGCUCAAACGUUUUGAGGGUGUUGCCCAAUGGAUCAUGGUGACCAGCUUGAGAGGAAAGACAGAGUAAUGUCACAAGUUCAGGUGGGGGAGGUUGACCUCUGUGAUAACCUUCCUAAAUCUGAAGAUCUCAACGCCCAAACUCAAAAUCUCAACGAGGCAAACACACAGAAACAAAAUGAAGAGGAAGGAGGGCUCAUACAAAAAGCCACAGUCAACAACAAUGGGAAGUGUGUGGAGGAGGCAAAGGUAGCAUGCACAGAAAGAGGCAGAGAGGACGAGGAAGAAGACGUUGAUGAGGUGAUGAAAGAUGAAGAAGACGAGGAAGAAUCAGAGGAAUCGAGCUGUCAAAUGCGCUGCCAGUCUCCCAUGACUGAUUCCUCCUAUUCAGAAACAGGCAGCCUGCUGGAGACUCCCUUCAGCCCCGGGACCAGUCCAGAGCCUACAUCCCCUUUGGUGGUCAGUCCACAAACUGUACAUUCCAUCAGUCGAGUGGAACAGAGCCAGGGUGAUAUCAAAGUUCAUAACUCUGAAUCAGUUGCUUCCACCACAGGGUCCAUUACACUGGCACCCACCUUCACCAUGGGGCCUAUUGAUUCUACUACUCCUACUUUAACCUCAGACACCUGCCCACCUGGGACUACAUGUAUCACAGAAGCUGCAGACAGAAUAGCAAAAAAUACUAACUUCCCUACAGAAUAUCUUACCUCAGAGGCAUUUACAGGAACUACUUACACUACGAGGAUUAAUACUUCCAUUGCUUCCUCCCCUCUGAGUUCAGUUACGGGACCCCUAACCUUUACCACACAGCCUACGACUGCAGGUACAGAAUCCACUACCACCACAGGACCUAUGACCUCUUGUUGGAAACAGAUUACCUCCACACCAGUGCCCACCAGUUUGUCAGAGUCCACCUGCGCCACAGGGCCUAUUCCGAGCUCUGCACUGCUGAAGUCUCUGGAGGAGUUGGCACAAAGAGGAGAUGACUCCCACCUUCCACAGUACCUUCACCAGAUUGCCGAGACCUUUGUCCUUCAUAAAGACUACCAGCGGGCAUUAUGUUGCAUCCAACUAGAGAGACUCUAUCACCAGAGAGUAUUGGACAACCUGAAUGCACUACAAGAGCAGUGGGCGAGUCAGUGUUCUUCUUCCUCUGACCUGGCAACCCAACAUCUGGACACCCUUAAGAACAUCUGCCAGACACACAGUCGACCAGGCGCUACAGAUGCUGAGACUGCGUCUCUGAAAACUUUGACGCCUACAUUUGAAGAAAGUGGUGUGCUGCCUUCAAGUUCCUCAGUCCAUCAGGUUGAUGAAUGGAUGGAGCCGAGAGGCCAUAACUCCUCCCCCCCUCAGAUCAGCCCUCCAGUCGUACCCUCCAUUAAUUUGACGGAUCAGCUCGAUUCCCCUGAGAUCUCGGCAAUAGAGAGGGAAGACCUGAGCAGGGAAGCGUGUUUUCAUGGAGAUCAGCUGACUGUCAAGCAAGGCAGCGGGGAUGAGGUAAGAGAGGAAGAAGGAGGGGUAGAACAGACCACGUCAGUCAUUAGAAAUGGACUACACCCCUCUACAGCUGGAGAAAUGGAUCAGUCCAAGCCCGCAGAGCAGCAGGGAGGAGAUUUAGGUCCUGCACAGGAAAGGGAAGCAAAAAAAGACGAAGAGGAGUGUGACCUGGGGAAGGCAGCCGAGGUCUUAGAGAUGGAGGAUGAGGGAGAGGAAGAGGAAAAGGAGAGGCAGAAGAAAAGAGAUGCUCCUCUGUGUCAGGAAGCUCUCCCAGUGGAGACUCUGGUCAGUGGGGCAGAGGUGGAGGUACAACAGCUGCAGCAGGAAGCCCGAGAGGAGGGGAAGCUGCACAGGAAGACCCAGGAGAGCGCUCAGACCUGCCUGCCCCAGGAGACCCGCCUCCCUCAGGAGGAUCAUAUAGAGCAGCAGGAGCAGGCUGAGGAGGAGGAGGAGUAUGAAGAUGAGGAGGAGGAGUACGAAGUGGAGCAAAUUAAAAUCAUCAGUGAAGCAGCCUCACUGGACGACAUGGCUAAACUCAUCACUGUACAGCAGGUGUCUCCUGCGUCUGGCCUGGUCUCCAUAUUAAAGCGGCGUCCUGUUUGUCUGGAAGACGUGAGUGUGAUCGGCAGCUCAGAGCCCCGACCGGACAAAAACCCGGCCAAAAGACGCGUCCGCUUCAAAGUCCCAGAUGACGGCUAUGAACAAGAUGUUGGCGGCGGAGACUCCUGCCUGCUGCUCUUCCUGCUUUGUCUUGUUACCGUAGUGAUCAGUGUUGGUGGCACCGCCCUUUACUGUGCUCUGGGCGAUGCCCACUCCUCCGUCUGUCAGGACUUCUCCAGGAACGCAGACUUCUACGUCGCCCAGAUACAGAGUGGGAUAUCUCAGAUCCAGCAAUGGUUGGCCCCCGGGUCAUAGCAGCAAACAGUUUGUCAACAUUAAAGAGCAGCAGGCAUUACUGAAGCCCCUGCUGCUUCCUGGGACGAUGUUUUAUGAGGUGAGGGUGCCAGGCAGCUGCUACAGUCCCUGGCGCUGUGUGGAGUUAGCUAUUUGGCUAAUAUUACAUCAGAUACUGUUGGCAUUUUUAAGCCUGCUCUACUUUAUUUUUAAUACUCUUUGAAUACAAUCCCCAGGUCCGUUGAGCCUAAAAGUCUUAGGUGAGAUUUUCUUUACCACAAGACUUUGAGAGUGAAAGUAGGGCACAAGGAGAAAGAGGAUAACUGGAGAACGAGAGUGCUUUACAGAAGAGGAAGAACUGACCUACACUCCUAUCAACACUCUCCACAUUAAAAAGGUUAUUCAUCCUCGAGCUAAGUUUAGAAAUUAAUAAUGUGACUCAAGUGUCCUAUUGAACUAAGGUAACCCACGUGCGCUGUCAGCCCGUGAUACCUUAGUUACUGGUAGUGAGCUACAGUGACUGGAUACGAACUUUGACCGACUUUUCCAAAACUCAUCUCCCUCAGUUAAGGAAAAGAACAAAGUAAAUAAGUUGCAAUCCAUGGAGAUGUUAGAAAAAGAAUAGGAUAUAUAAUGUACAGUUUGUUAACUGGGGGGGCUCAGAGAUGCUCUACACACACUGCACAAUGGGAAUGGGCCAAUGGGCAUUUUACAAACCUUUGCAGCCACUAGUGUUGCUUUUUAUUGUUGACUUUUUUAAUUCACAAAUUUUAAAAUGAACAAAGCAUUUUGUGGUCUACUACUUGGAAUGAAACAUUAUGUCUUAAUCAAUCUGAAUGAAUGUUUGGAUUUUUAAUGUGAGACUAUGUCCCCUGUAGGGCAUUUAUGUAUUAUUCACCUUUGACAUGGGUCUCCUGUUGCUGCCCUUUUCUGUACUGUACUUUCUGCAGUGAGCUGACAUGGCUGCCACUGGAGACUCAAAGUCCAAACUGUACGUUUAUGGGUUUUCAAUUAGCUAUUUUUAACUUUAUGUAGCAUAUGCAACAUGUAAAGGAACACAGUGCACCUCUGUAUAUACUGUCAGAAGAAUGUUGAACAUGUUGCACAGAAUACUGGUACGAUUUAAAAAAUAAUAUUAUUGCAAUAUUUCUACAGGAACUGUUGUGUUGGUCCUGAGCUUAAUGCAGGCUUUAUUUUAUGUGAUCAGAAAAUAUCCAUUUCCACAAACUGUUUUCAGGGUCAGUGUGAGUGCAUGCCUGUUAUGUACAGAUAACUUGAACAGAAAAUAUUCCUAUGCGGGUUUGGAGAGGUUUGGCAUAUUUCUUAAAACAGUUGCAAACCAUAAUUAUUCUUAGUACGUCGGAUAUUUGGGACGAUCAAUAUUUGAAGCUCUGUCUGCCUGUGUUUGCUCUUCCUAGAUUAGAGGCAUCGCUCUCAAUAUGUGAUUGUCAAUGUUUACUAUCUGUUUUUUUCCUAAAUUAUUCUUUGCGCUCAGUCUGCUUAAAUAAUCAUUUAGUAAACAUUCGUCAUUUCCGAUAAACUGAUUUGUUUAGUCCCGGUUUUAUAGACAAAGAGGUCCUUUCUCUUUGUGGAAAAUUGAUUUCCUCAUGAGAAAAUACUUACUUUGUACAUCAAAACCUUUAUUCACACACCAGUGCUUUAACUUCUGUUUCUAAUCAUUUAAAGCAUCUUUAUUAAUUACUUAA